UUUUGUUUUGGCUGCGAACUUCGUGUUUCGGUGUGAUAAAACGUGCGGUGUUGUGCGUGGAUUGGAGAGCGUUUUGUGGAAAAAUAAAUCUAAAAAUAAUUUGAAGUGAAGUGAUACUUGUUCUUCAUCCUGGUAAACCCGUUAUUUCCAGAAUAAAGGAAAUCUGAGGGGGUUCUACAGUUCCGCAGCAGUAUCCGGAAAAAGCUGGAGGAAAGUAAGAAACAGAAUCAAUUCCAGAUCAUUCAGAUAAAGGUGAAGACGCACCUCACACCACCUAAAGGCUCAAUUUCUACCAAAUGACAAAAUGAUGCACUACAAGAAGGGCAAAAACGUGGAGGAGGAGCUUAGCAAAGAGCAAAUUCCGAUCGAAGUGCUACCGGAGCACUUCCUCUGGAUGCACGUGAAGGGUGGCUCGCGCAUUUUCAAUCUGGUCGAGUACGCCAAGAAGGCACUGGACGCGGGCGAGUAUCGAUCCCUGGUAUGGAGUGGGUCCGACGGUGGCGUUGGCAAAACCAUCAGCUGUGCUGAAAUCAUGAAGAAAGACUACCAACUGCACCAGGUCACCCGGAUCUGCUACCGAAAAGUCGAGGAAUACUGGGACGCUCAGCAGGAAGGGCUGGAGCAGAUAGUGGCCACCCGGAAAAUACCCAGCAUCCACAUUCUGAUGUCGUUGGACGAAAUCGACAGCAGUACGCCUGGCUACCAGCACUCGAAAACGCGAACCACCUUUUGGCUCGAGGGAAAAGCUAACAGAAAACCAUCCGGUGACGGUGUUGGUACCAGGAAAAAUUAUUUCACCGGACCACAGCUCAAGAAGAAACCGAAUCGCAACUAUGGUGACAAACCUGAUAAGGUUAAAGAAGGAGAUGGAGCGGGUCAGAUGAAUGCUAAAAAGAAGAAGCCUCGGAAUAACGAUAGAAGCGGCGGUGGACCUCCCCAGGACAAGCGAGAUGGUGGAUCGCGGGGGAAACAGUCGAAACCUCGGGACUCGGGAGAACCAUCGGCUGGAACCCCAAUGGAGACGUAACAGGUAUUUAUUUACCAAUAAAGAUUUUUUUUUUAAUUUAUUAAGAACAAGG